AUGAGAAAAAUAUGUCAGCCUGCAGCAAAAUCCGCCACAUUGUGAGGCUACGUCAAAUGCUACAACGCUGGAGGAAGAAGGCUGCCACAACGGCCCGUCGCCGCAUCCCCACCAACGUGCCAUCGGGUCACAUGGCGGUCCUGGUGGGCCUCAAUUACAAGAGAUUUGUAGUCCGUGCCACUUACUUGAAUCAUCCAAUGUUCAAGAAAUUGUUGUCACAAGCAGAAGAAGAGUACGGUUUUACUACCAAUGGCCCUUUGGCUAUUCCUUGUGACGAGUAUUUGUUUGAAGAGUUGCUUCGUUACUUGGCUCGAUUUGAUUCCGCUAAUUACAACAAUAAGUCAUUGUUCGUGCACUUUGAAGAUUUUCAGAGAUAUUGUCAUAUGGAUGUUCGAAGUAAUCUUGAUUUUUGGAGUGAUUCCAGACCCCUUUUGCAUAGUGUAUCGAAUAAGUCCAUCUGGUAAUCCACGAGAGAAGAUAAAGAUUUUAAGUCUAUGAAUACAAACAUCUGUUAUGAUAAUAGGUCCAAUUUUAGUAUAGAUAGACAUUUUUUUCUCAAAAUUUUCUCAAUUAUAUAUACUAAGUUCGAGUCGAACACAAGUGGACCUGUCUAGACCUAUACAACUUAAUUUCUGUUAUGAGAAUGUGAGUGAAGAUGGCAAGAAAGUAGACGAGUUGAUUCGCGACAAAUUAUAGUCGUCUCAGAUUUCUAAAUUGGUGGUGUGAAUUCAAGAACAGAGAGACAAGUACAUACCUAUAGAAACAGUGGAAGAAGACAAUUAGACAAGCAAUGAUUAAUGUUGUAGAUUUCUUUUGUACUCUUUUUUUUUUCUUCCUAAACAUCAAUUUUGAUGAUAUUAUAGUGAAAUUUUUUAGAGGAUUUAAUUAGAAGCAUGUUUGUCCGUUAUCUGUUAUACACCAU